UUUCACGCUGCUUUCUACAAAUAAGUUAAAUCAAACUACUUUCUGAUCACAUUCUUUCACCCGGCCCUCUUCUGCAUCUCUCUCAGACAGAUUUUUUGAAAAAAAAAAAGGAAGAAAAAUGGGAGAAACACAUCUACAUGGAACUCUUCAUGCUACAAUCUAUGAAGUUGAUAAGAUUCAUGGCUAUGGAAGUGGCGGUAAUAUCUUUGGCAAGCUCAAGGCGAACUUGGAGGAGACUGUUGGUUUUGGGAAAGGAACUCCAAAAAUGUAUGCAACAAUCGAUCUAGACAAAUGCAGAGUAGGUAGAACUAAGUUGUUAGAGAAUGAUCCUGAAAACCCGAAGUGGAAUGAAUCUUUCCAUAUUUAUUGCGCCCACUCUGCUACUAAUGUGAUAUUCACUGUUAAAGAUGAUAAUCCUAUUGGUGCUACCUUAAUUGGAAGAGCUUACGUUCCUGUUGAUGAUCUCUUAGAGGGAGAAGAGGUGGAUAGAUGGGUCGAGAUCUUAGAUGAAGACAAAAACCCUGUAGAAGCUGAUUCAAAGAUCCAUGUAAAAUUACAAUACUUUGAUGUCAGUAGAGAUCGUAACUGGGCUCAUGGUAUUAAAAAUGCCAAAUAUCCUGGAGUUCCUUAUACAUUUUUCUCUCAGAGGCAAGGUUGUCGGGUUUCUUUGUACCAAGAUGCUCAUGUACCUGAUAAUUUCAUCCCCAAAAUACCUCUUGCUGGUGGGAAGUAUUAUGAGCCACAUAGAUGUUGGGAGGAUGUGUUCGAUGCAAUCACUAAUGCAAAACACUUCAUUUACAUAACUGGAUGGUCAGUUUACACCGAGAUCUCUUUAAUAAGGGACACACGGAGGGAAAAAGAGGGAGGAGAUGUCACACUUGGUGAGCUGUUGAAAAAGAAAGCAAGUGAAGGUGUUAAGGUUCUUAUGCUUGUUUGGGAUGACAGAACCUCUGUAGAUGUACUUAAGAAAGAUGGGUUAAUGGCUACCCAUGAUGAAGACACUGAAAACUUUUUCCAAGGUUCUGACGUACAUUGCAAUCUGUGCCCGCGAAACCCUGAUGACGGUGGAAGUUUCAUUCAGGAUCUUCAAAUAUCAACAAUGUUUACGCACCACCAGAAAAUUAUAGUGGUGGACUCUCCAUUGCCCAACGGUGACUCAGAAAGAAGGCGUGUGGUGAGUUUUGUUGGUGGUCUUGAUCUUUGUGAUGGGAGAUAUGAUUCCCCGUUUCAUUCGCUGUUCAGAACAUUGGACACUGCUCACCAUGAUGAUUUCCACCAGCCCAACUAUGCAGAGGCUGCAAUAACUAAAGGUGGACCCCGAGAGCCGUGGCAUGACAUUCAUUCAAAACUUGAAGGACCAAUCGCAUGGGAUGUUUUGUUUAAUUUUGAACAAAGAUGGAGGAAACAAGGUGGGAAAAACGUUUUGGUUAAUUUCAGAGAACUUGAUGACAUAAUUCCACCAUCUUCAGUCACCUUCCAUGAUGAUCCAGAAUCAUGGAAUGUUCAACUUUUCCGGUCUAUCGAUGGUGGGGCUGCUUUUGGCUUCCCUGAAACACCAGAAGAGGCAGCAAAAGCAGGUCUUGUAAGUGGCAAAGAUAACAUAAUUGACCGAAGUAUUCAAGAUGCUUAUAUUCAUGCCAUUCGCCGAGCUAAAAACUUCAUAUAUAUUGAAAAUCAGUAUUUUCUUGGAAGCUCAUUCGGUUGGCAGGCUGAUGAUAUUAAGGUUGAGGAUGUUGGUGCAUUGCACUUGAUUCCGAAAGAACUUUCUUUAAAGAUUGUGAGCAAAAUUAAGGCUGGAGAAAAGUUUACUGUUUAUGUUGUUGUCCCGAUGUGGCCUGAAGGGAUACCGGAGAGUGCUUCCGUUCAAGCGAUAUUAGACUGGCAAAGGAGGACGAUGGAGAUGAUGUAUAAAGAUAUCAUCGGGGCCUUAAAUGAUCAAGGCAUAGAGGAUGACCCGAGAGAUUACCUCACUUUCUUUUGCCUUGGAAACCGUGAGGUGAAGAAAAGCGGAGAGUAUGAACCUUCAGAAGCACCUGAAGCUGAUUCGGAUUACCAGAAAGCACAGGAAGCCCGGCGUUUCAUGAUCUAUGUGCAUGCCAAAAUGAUGAUUGUUGACGAUGAAUACAUAAUCGUUGGAUCUGCCAACAUCAACCAGAGAUCCAUGGAUGGUGCAAGAGAUUCCGAGAUAGCUAUGGGAGCGUAUCAACCCCACCAUCUUGCAACCAGAACACCUGCAAGGGGUCAAGUCCAUGGCUUCCGUAUGGCUCUAUGGUAUGAACAUCUUGGCAUGCUUGAUGAUAGUUUCCAGCAUCCAGAGAACACUGAAUGUGUGAAAAAAGUGAACCAGAUAGCCGAUAAAUACUGGGAUCUUUAUUCCAGUGAGAAUCUUGAAAGUGAUUUGCCUGGUCACUUGCUUCGAUACCCUGUUGGUGUUUCUGGUGAAGGAAAUGUGACUGAACUGCCAGGAAGUGAGUUUUUCCCAGAUACAAAUGCGCGCAUUCUUGGAACCUUAUCAGACUACCUUCCUUCCAUUCUGACAACAUAAGAAAAGGUUUCUAAUCUCCCAUUUUCUAACGUUUGAAUAAAGGUUUUAACUACUCAUGUUUGCUUAUAUUACUGGAAUUUACGGUUGAACAAUAAGUGAGUUUUAUCUGUGAUUUGUUCUUUUUCCAUACCAUAUAGCAACAGCCACAUUUACCAGGUGUGCUAUCUUAUGCAAGACUUGUGUACUAUUGAACAAUGCAGCUUCUUUGUUUCUCUCCUUACAUGAAUUUAUAAUUAGUGUUUCUUUGUUCUGAA